AUGAACCGUCGAGAGAAGCACCGUCAUGAGCUUGCUCUUCUCGCUUCUACAGGUGCAUAUCACAUGUAUGAUCAAUGGACCCGUUCACUGUUACCAUUCGUUCAAUGGAAUCUGACGCCCGGAGUGGGAAUGGAUAAUUUCAUUUGGCUCACUGCAAUUAGUACCAGUUUCACGUUGAUUGGAACGUUUUUCAUUGAAGUGAUGGGACUCCGUAACAGUGCUAUGAUAUCCUCUGCAUUCGUUAUCCUCUACCAAUUUCUCGUCUGUCAAUUCACGAAUCUCUACGUUUACAUAUUCCUCCAAUCACUUCUUCUGUUCAAUAAUAUGCAAAUGAUUAUAGACGCAGCUAUUCUGAAUCUGGAAUCCGAAGAUGGAGACUACAAAAAGCGAACCAGAUUGAUCACUCGAAUCAUGAUUCCACAGAGUAUCGGAUAUGCUCUUGGACCUUAUUGUGCACUUCAGAUGAUCUUCUUCGUAACACCAUCGUUAGAAAUCUCUCAAGCAUUGUGUGGAUUCUUGGCAAUUAUCACACUUCUUCCAGUUAUUUGGAACUGCUUCCCAGAUAAUCCAAGUACAAAUCUCUCCCUGGUACCAGAUUUCAGUGGAUAUUUUGAAGCAUUAAAGAGUGACAAUGUCAAACUCUAUUCCUUGCUUCUUAUGAUGGUCACUGGUCCAUAUACCGCUUAUGACUCUUUACUCAGAAACUCAAUGGCUUCUAGUGCAAUUCGUGAUCCUAACAACAUGCACAACUUAUUCCUUACUUUGGGUCUCACUACAGUGUUGGUGAACACUGUAUUGUUGCCAAAACUUCAAACAGUGAUUUCAACGCAAGUAUUGUUGUCUGGAUCAUUUUCGGUGUUGGCUGGAAGUUAUAUCUAUUUGGCUGUCUUCCACGACUUAAUUCAUUUAUUCAUUGGGAUGCCUGUUCAGGUGGCUGCGGCGACAAUCUGCAUCGGCGAACUCUCCUCCCAACUGAUGGGUGCCAUUGGAAAACGGAAGGCUGGAACAGCGGCAUCAGUUCUUCGAAUGAGUCAACUGGCUGCUACUUUACUUGUUCCAUUUGUUCACGGCACUAUUGUUCCACAUCAUGAUGUAGUUUCUUUAUGUUUAAUGAGUGCUGCACUUUCUGGAUUAGCUGUUGUAAUGAUCAAAAAGUUCGGAACAUCCAUGGUUUUCAGUUCUGGGUAUUUGCCAGGUUUCUCUGGGAAAUAUGAUUAG